AUGGCAAAGAAUGGACUUGUAAUUUACAUCCUGGUUAUCACCUUACUCCUGGACCAGACCACCAGCCACACGUCCAAGUUCAAAGCCAAGAAGCACAGCAAACGCCGAGUGAAAGAAAAGGAUGGAGACCUGAAGGUUCAAGUGGAAAAGCUCUGGAGAGAAGUCAAUGCCCUGAAGGAAAUGCAAGCCCUGCAGACAGUCUGUCUCCGAGGCACAAAAUUUCACAAGAAGUGCUACCUUGCUUUGGAAGGCUCGAAGCACUUCCACGAAGCCAACGAAGACUGCAUUUCCAAGGGAGGGACGCUGGUUGUCCCCAGAAGCUCCGAUGAAAUCAACGCCGUCCGAGACUAUGGUAAAAGGAGCCUGCCGGGGGUCAAUGACUUUUGGCUGGGCAUCAACGACAUGGUCACAGAAGGCAAGUUCGUCGAUAUCAAUGGAGUCGCCAUCUCCUUCCUCAACUGGGACCAUGCACAGCCUAAUGGUGGCAAGCGGGAAAACUGUGUCCUCUUCUCCCAGUCAGCUCAGGGCAAAUGGAGUGACGAGGUCUGUCGUAGCAGCAAGAGGUACAUAUGUGAGUUCACCAUCCCCUAA